AUGAGUCUUGAUGCUCUUGCCAGCACCGUGGUCAACGCCAAUAAUGCGUUCAUCUCGUUCCUGGACCACCUGCCGUGCGAUAUUGUUCGCUCGCUGUGGCUGACACAGAGCCUGAGUUUGAAGAACGAUGGCCUGCGAACCCAGCUUGAUGCGUUGCUCAAGAGCCAAAAGCCCGGAAAAAUCAAGAAAACAGACGUUCUGCGCCAGAUCGCGACCCUCAAGCGCCAGCUCGUGCGAAACUCCGCCGAACUCAUCGCUCAGGCACGCUAUUUGUCGCAUAUUCUAGCCAAUCACCAUAGCCGGGUUUUGAACGAAAUACAACUGAUGGAUCUGCUCAAGUGCUCCAGAAACCCGCCCGAUACACGUACCUGGAGCAAGUUCACCGAGUUCAAGAAGCGGUUCGUUUUCUCUGCUCAGGAUGACUCCGACCACGAGGACGAAGACCCGCUUGCCCAGCGAAAGCCUACAAUACCAAUAAAGAUAAAGAAACUCGUGCCGGUGGAAAAGGUUGAACAGCGGGAACAAACUCAACCGGCUCAGCCAGCACACAAGAAACGCAAGAGACGAAUCGUGGAGAGCGAUACCGAGGGGUCUCCAACACCCGCAGACCCAACACCCCCAGAGGAAGUGUACUGCUUCUGUCGCGGUCCGAGUAUGGGAAAGAUGAUUGCGUGCGACAACUCGUCGUGUCCGAUCGAGUGGUUCCAUUACAAAUGUGUUGGUCUCUACACAGAGCCUACAACGAGCAGGUGGUUCUGCAGCCCCGACUGCGAGCAGAAAUACAAGGUCCGUGCUGCCAGAAAGAGACGCAGACGCAAAGGUUACUGA